CUCUCUGAGUCAUUUCCAAGGGUUGUCCCAAACAAUUAAUAGAUUCUAGGUAUGGGGAUUCCAGAUUAGAUACCCUAAUUACUGCAACCAAACCAUGCCGCGCAACAGAGAGGACGAUGAUGAUGUAGACGAAGACUACGAUGGAUUGGAAUUAGAGGAAGAAGAAGAAGAGGAAGAGGAAGAUGGAGCGAGUCGCGGCGGCGGCUGGAGGCGGAAGAGAGGAAGAUGAAGUUUUAUUGAUGAUUAUGCGGAGGACGAUUCGCAGGAAGACGAAUAUGAUGAUGAUGAAGAUUAUGGGAGCCGCGGAGGAAAAGCAGUUGGAGCUAGGAGCUAAGAGCUAAGAGAAAGAAGUCUACAGCUUCGAUUUUCUUAGAUGACAUGGCUCACCAGGUUGAUGAUGACGAUGAAGAGGAAGACGGAGAUGCAGAAGACGAUUUCAUAGUGGAUGCUGGUACUGAUCUUCCCGAUAAGCGUGGUGAUAGGCGGCGGUAUAACGACCGUGGUUUGUCUUAUGCAAAAGUUCGUCGACCGAGGAUCAGAUUUGCAAAUCAGAUCUGUUGUUGCCCUUGAUCAUUUUAAAAACUAUAUUUAUGUUGAAGCAGACAAGGAAGCUCACGUGAAAGAGGCAAUCAAGGGCAUGCGGAAUAUAUAUGCUAAUCAGAAGAUCUUACUUGUCCCUAUAAGAGAAAUGACAGAUGUCCUUUGUGUUGAAAGCAAAGCUAUUGAUCUAUCUCGAGAUACGUGGGUUAGAAUGAAAAUCGGGACGUACAAAGGUGAUCUUGCUAAGGUGGUUGAUGUUGAUAAUGUGCGGCAGAGGGUCACAGUCAAGUUAAUUCCGAGAAUUGAUCUGCAGGCUCUAGCUUCUAAGCUGGACGGAAGAGAAGUUGUGAAGAAAAAAGCCUUUGUUCCACCUCCACGUUUCAUGAACAUUGAUGAAGCUAGGGAAUUGCACAUACGUGUUGAGCGUCGGCGUGAUCCCAUGACCGGUGAUUACUUUGAAAAUAUUGGUGGCAUGCUUUUCAAAGAUGGUUUCAUGUACAAAGCAGUAUCAUUGAAGUCCAUCAUUGCUCAGAAUGUUACACCAACUUUUGAUGAACUUGAAAAAUUCAAUAGGCCAAGUGAAAAUGGAGAGGCCGAAUUUGGUGGUCUGUCAACUUUAUUUGCAAACAGAAAGAAAGGUCACUUUAUGAAGGGUGAUGCAGUCAUCGUUAUCAAGGGGGAUCUAAAAAACUUGAAAGGUUGGGUUGAGAAAGUAGAUGAAGAAAACGUUCUGAUCAGAUCAGGAAUGAAAGGUCUCCCUGAUCCUCUUGCUGUAAAUGAGAAAGAGCUCUGCAAAUACUUUGAGCCUGGAAAUCACGUGAAGGUUGUUUCUGGGACCCAUGAAGGAGCAACAGGCAUGGUUGUCAAAGUUGAUCAACAUGUGCUUAUCAUUCUGUCUGACAUGACCAAAGAACAUGUCCGCGUGUUUGCUGAUCAUGUUGUUGAGAGCUCAGAAGUGACAACUGGUGACCAUGAUCUUGUCCUUCUGGAUAACCCUAGUUUUGGAGUAAUUAUACGUCUAGAAAAUGAAGCUUUUCAGGUUCUUAAAGGGAAUCCUGACAGACCAGAGGUUGCUCUUGUCAAACUCAGAGAAAUCAAAUGCAAACUCGAUAGGAAAAUUAGUGUCCAAGAUCGCUACAAAGUGAGUACCUUUACAGACUGGCGCUGUGGGUUAUCUUUCUCAACGCUAAUUAUCUCAUGCCAAUUAAUGCGUACAUAAUAGGGUAAACAAGGUCCCGUAAGGCAUAUAUAUAAAGGAGUCUUAUUUAUAUAUGAUCGGCAUCACCUUGAGCAUGCUGGAUUUAUAUGCGCUAAAUGCACAUCAUGUAUUGUUGUUGGUGGAUCACGUUCUGGUGCUAAUAGAAAUGGUGGGGAUUCAUUAUCAAGGUUUAGCAAUUUCAAGGCACCUGCCCCAGUACCCCCAUCCCCAAGACGAUUUCAACGCGGAGGCAUGGGAUAUAACGCUGGAGGGAGGGGAAGGGGUGGAAGGGGAGGGGUGGAAGGGGAGGGAGACGAUUCUUUGUUGGGUACUACUGUCAAAAUCCGCUUAGGACCUUUCAAGGGAUAUAGGGGACCUGUAGUAGAAGUUAAAGGAGAUUCAGUGCGUGUAGAGCUUGAGAUGAAGAUUGUGACAGUUGAUCGGAAUGCAAUAUCGGAUAAUGUUUCUGUGAUAACACCUUCUCGGGAUAUAUCUCGGUAUAGUAUGGGAAGCGAAACACCUAUGCAUCCUUCACGGACUCCACUUCAUCCUUAUAUGACUCCAAUGCGGGACUCUGGAGCUACACCGAUCCAUGACGGUGUGAGGACACCCAUGCGUGAUCGAGCUUGGAAUCCUUACACGCCUAUGAGCCCACCUAGGGCUGUUUGUUUCAUUGACGUAGGUUCCUGCGGCUGAGUCUGUUCGUUUCGAAGACGCAGGACAUUGCCGCAGCCGCAGACGCGGAAAAUAGAUUUAGUUCUGUUAAUUUGGUUGCCGCAGACGCAAUUUUCUUUUAUUUCAUAUUUUAAUUUUAUGAAUUCGUAAAGUUGUAUUUUAAAUAAAUAAAAUGUAGAUU